AUGGAGUUGGUUCUGGAUGCUAUUCCUCAGAAGAUAUCAGAUGCUAUGAACAAUCGUUUAUGUCAACCGUAUGAAAGAGGUGAGAUUGAGCAGGCUUUAAAGCAGAUGGCUCUAGAUAAAGCUCCAGGAGAGGAUGGGUUCUCUGCGAGAUUUUUCCAAGAGUACUGGUCGGUGGUGGGAGAUGAUGUCAGUGACUUGUGCUUGAGAGUGUUGAAUGAAGGAGCUGAGUUGACUGCCAUUGUGAAUCGCUUGAAAGGAGUACUGCCAGAUGUUAUUUCUCAAUUCCAAAGUGCCUUUGUCCCCGGUCGUUGCAUCCAUGACAAUGUGAUCAUAGCUUUUGAGUUGAUUCAUUCUAUCAAAACUCGACAGACUGGUGACCAGCCGCAUUGUGUUCUUAAGUUGGAUAUUAGUAAGGCAUACGAUCGGGUGGAGUGGGUGUUUCUACAGGGAGUUUUGUCCAAGUUCGGGUUUGAUGAGAAGCUGGUAGAGCUGAUAAUGCGAUGUGUUCGGUCAGUGUCCUUCAGUAUUCUUUGGAAUGGUGAAGCAGUGGGGUUGAUUGAUCCAUCCAGGGGUCUAAGACAAGGCGAUCCUCUUUCGCCUUAUUUGUUCCAAAUGGUGUCAGAAGGUCUUACUGGUUUAUUACAAAAAGCUGAUCAAGAGGGAAUGAUCCAUGGGGUUAAAGCAGCUGUCGAUGCGCCAAUUAUUUCUCACAUGUUAUUCGCUGAUGACAGCUUGCUUUUCGGUAGAGCUGAAAUACAUGAGGCAAUUCAUGUCAAGCAGUGUCUAUUACUUUAUGAGAGUGCUGCUGGGCAAAAAAUUAAUUUCCAGAAAUCUGCAAUUGCUUUUGGUCCGGGACUAGAUGAUCAGACAAAGCUGGAAAUAACUCAGAUGUUAGGAGUGCCAAUGGUGGACUGUCAUGAGAAGUAUUUGGGACUCCCAACCAUAGCUGGUAGAAACAAGAAAGGUAUGUUCAAGAGAAUUAAUGAGAGACUGGACUUUCAUUUACAGGGAUGGCAGUCGAAGUUACUUUCUAAAGCUGGAAAAUUUGUGCUGGUAAAGGCAGUUGCACAAGCUAUUCCUACAUACUCUAUGUCAGUUUUCAAGCUUCCCAAGGGUGUUUGUUGUAAGUUUCAAUCCAAGGUGGCGAAGUUUUGGUGGGGCAAAAAAGGGAAUAAGAGGGGUAUUCAUUGGUGCAAAUGGGAUCUGUUAUGCCGUAAUAAGAAGGAAGGUGGACUGGGGUUCAGAGAUUUGGAGGGUUUUAACCAAGCCCUAUUAGCAAAGACAGUUUGGAGAAUUGUGUUACAUCCAGACUCGAUAAUUAACAGAGUGCUUCAUGCUAAAUAUGUACGCAACGGUGAUUGGGCAGCUGCAGGAGUGCGGGUAAAGCCUUCCUUUGUCUGGCAGGGAUUGGUAUGGGGGAAAGAUCUUCUGUGUGUUGGUAUAAGGUGGAGGAUAGGUUCUGGAGACCUAGUUAAAAUUUGGGGAGAUAAAUGGCUUGCAACUCCUUGGUCCUUUAAGGUAGUAACUCCUUGCUUUAUGGAUCCAAAUGCAAGGGUCAGCCAGCUUAUGAGCCAACCAGGUAUGUGGGAUAUGAAUUUUAUCAAGCAACAUUUUCUUCCUGUUGAUGUGGAAAAAAUAUUAACUGUUCCUUUAUGUGAUGGGAAUGGAGGGAAUGUUGCUGUAUGGCACUUUCGUGAUGAUGGACGGUUCUCUGUUAAAUCUGGAUAUUGGUUUGGGAUGGAAAUGAAGAGGUUAGAGAAGGGAUCGAGUAGUGGUAGUGGGCAUGUUAAUUCAAACUCCAUUAAUAUUUGGAGUCUCAUCUGGGACCUAUUAGUUCCCAAUAAAGUCAAGUUGUUCUUAUGGAGAACUUGCCAUGCCUUUCUACCUUGUGUUGAGUGCUUGUUUAAGCGCAAGAUCUGUUCUCAUAGUGGCUGUGGGAGACAUGGGGAAGGAGAGGAAACGGUGGUUCAUAGUUUGUGGUGUUGUCGUGUGGCUAAAAAAGUGUGGAAAUGUACAUUCUGGAGAGGGGUGUCUAAAAGUUGGCAGAUUUCUAGCUUUGCUGAUUUAUUUGGCUUGGUAGCUAUGGAGGGGAAUAUCAAAAAUACUGAAUUGUUUGCUCUUAUUUGCUGGUGGUUAUGGAAGGACAGAAAUGAGGUCUUUCAUGGGAAAAAAGGCCUUGAGCCUAGGCAGAUUGUGGAGAAAUGCUUGGAGUGGCAAUGUGAAUUUUCUGGAGUAAUGUUGAGAAGGAAAAAUCUUCAGAUGGGAGGGGGUAAUGGUGCUGAAGUGCAGCAAAGUCAUGGAGAGAGGUGGGGAGAACUAGUACGCAUGAGCAGGCUGCCAAAUUUGUUAAGUGAUAAUGGGGAGCUGAUGGGAGCCAUUUCUGUGCCUAUGGAAGCUGUUCUCAAACCCCACAUCAUCGAAGCUUUAGCACUUUGGCAUGGGAUGAAAUUGUGUAGACAAAUGGGGGUAUCAAAGUUGGUGAUUGCAGGAGAUGCGGUCAAUGUGAUCAAUGCAAUUGGUAGGAAUGUACUUGAUUUGAGCGAUAUUGGAGGAAUUAUGGAUGCAGUUCGUAGGAUGAAGGCAGAGUUUGAAUGGGUGUCCUGGAAACAUGUGCGUAAGCGCCAAAACGGGAUUGCUCACACUCUUGCUCGACAUGCUUUGAAGAUGGUCCAGUCUAUGUUUUGUUAUGAUUCAGGGCCCCCAUGGCUCCAUGAAGUUAUUGUUGCUCAUAGUAGAAGCUAG